AUGGGCGGCAAGAGUGAAGCAGGUGAUCAGAAGGUCCGUGCUACACAAGAUCAGUUACGGCUUGCGAGAUUAAUGCAGGAUUUGACCAUAACAGACGACGAUCGAGCGAACAUACAGAAGCUUGUAAAAAAGGUGGUGGAGACGACAAGAUGUACCGUAAGUCAGGCUGAAAUUGCUCUGUACGAUAAUAAUAACGAUGUGCAAGAAGCAGUAAAUGCCAUUUUGGAGGAUAAUUAUCCAGAUGAGAAUGUCUGGAAGGAACAGAAAAGCAGGCGAGCAAAACGAGCCGAAGCGGAGGAAUUAAAACAUGAAGAAUCGAAUUCUUCUCAUAGGAAUCGAAUUAACAAUGCAAGAUCAUCGAAUAAUUCUGGAUAUGGACGAGGACGAGGAGCAGAUCGAGGGCGCAGUGGUUACCGAGGAGGACGUGGGGGCGGCCGAGGUUCAUAUCGAGGUGGAUAUCAGCACUUGUCAUCUCAAGGACAGUUUGGCAGUAGUAUUACAAGUAACGUUUGGGAUAAUUCACAGGCAUUAAAAGUGGAUCCUAAUAAGGAAUGGACGAAUGCAAGCGCAACUGCUGUUGAUGACAACGCUGAAGAUACGGAAUGGAAGCAGCAUGGCACGUUGGUAUUUUCGCGAAGUAUGACACCACCAACCACUACAGCUUCUGCGGUAAGCACAGUCGCCGGGAUGAACUCGGUAACGCCAACUUCUGGACCAAUAUCGUUUGCUGCGGUUGCAGCUGCCGGAGCUAAUAAAGCGAAGGAAAAUGCGUUGAAAAGUUCUCUGGGUCGGUCUGGGACAGGCGUACCACCAACGUUGGGACAAUCUCAACUCGAGAAUGUAAAUUCACUCUACCAGAACAGUGGGCUUGUCUCAACUAGUAAUCAAUUAACAGCCCCGUCCGAAGAAACAGAUAAAGGACGUGAAGCUCGAGCAUCACCUUUAGUUGGGCAUGAUGCUUCUCCAUCAACAAAUCCUGUUCCGGGGACAGCAAUGCAUACAGCAAACGUUUCACAACAAUCUCGAACGAAUGCAUCUGUCACCACCGUAACGAAUACGUCAGCGGACUGGACAACACAGUUGAAAAAUGAUCUGGGAAUUGGUGGCGCUGCUCCUGCUACAAAACCUAAUGCAAAUCAAGCAGGUUUAAUGUCCAAGUCACCUCUACAGAAUACGAAGGCAGGUCGAACAUCUCGACACACUACAAAUUCCAAUACUGUCGAAUUUGUGUCAGGAGAGGCAAACGGCCCAACUUUACCCGAAUACCAGUUUGGUUUUCACGUUGACUCAGCAACAGGAAGUGAUGAACGUAAUGAUGAUGUUUACGGUGCAUCGGUUAAAUCUCGAUCCUUGAAUACGCAGAGUGCUAAGGCUGAAAUGAACGCGGAUUCGUCAUCAUCCAUGCUUUCAAAUGGUCCAGUGGGCGAUUAUUCAUCUCCCAUAAAUUCACAGCAGCCAAAGAUAUCAGCGGGGAACAGCAGUGUUUCUGUGCCUCAGUCUUCACCUGUAGUACAUCAGGCAAACACUAUCCAACGUCAGCCAGUUACAUCCGGAUUGUCAUAUGCUGAUACAUCGAGCAUGUCAUAUCCGUCAUCUGAUAAUCGGAAUACGACUAAGUUACCGCUCUCACUACAUCAUCAGCAGCAAACACCACAUACACUUUAUACUACAACGCAGUUGCCGUAUGCCAAUUAUCCUUAUCUAAACAUGUAUAGUCCAAUGACAGGAGUACGACAAGAUGAGUAUGCUGCAGCAUUGGUACAGUAUCCAUUCGGGGUUGGACAAUUUGAUAUGAACUCGUUGUCAACAAUGUUGCCUCCAGCAGCAGCAAUUGCUUCACAACAACAACAAAAUCAGCCACCACCUCCAGUUCAGUCGCAGCAUCAACAGCGACCGGACCAGCAUCCUAACAUUGUCGAUCUUUCUAAAGCUUAUUUGGCAACCGCUGCGGCAGCAGCGGCAAAUAACACAAUAGGAAGCGGAACUGGCACUGGUAUAUUGGGUAAUCAACAACAGCGUGACUCAACUGCAGUGAACAGUUCUGCUGUCGCUCCACCACCAGGUUUUAGUGGUCCACCAGCUGCUGCGUUUACACUUCCUCAACACAAUCACAUCAAUUCGAUAUUUCAAGUACCACCAGCUGCUUACCAUCCACAAAUCAAUCAGCUGCCUUUUUCAUUUAUGUUACCGAAUGUUACUAAUGGGCAACAUAAACUAAACCAUCAGAUGUUUGCGCAACAAAAUGUUGACGAUUCGCUUUCUGACCAGCGUCUUUCUUCUCAACAGCAAAAGGUCUACCAGAGCCAUCAACAAUUGGAUAAGUACGGCAGUUCGACUAAUGCAAAGGAUCGUCUGGGAGGAGGUGCACAAGCAACGCCGCCGCCGCAAGUGUAUCAAACGCAGGCAUAUAUGUCACAGCAAAUGCCACUACAUGGCCACAAGAAAGCAUAUGGCGGCGGACCACAACAUUGGAGCGCUUCGUAG